GAGGGUAGAAGUUGUCAAUAAAUGAUCGGGGUCCACGCGAAGUCAAUCGCGAAGAGGUUUGCAACCUGCCUCUGAGCGCGUAGAGUUGAUGAGCACAGCGAAAAUUGGUGGAUUGGAGAAGGUCGUGGCAAUAGUUGCAGGAGUGGUAGUCGUGACAGUAGUCGUGAGCCGACCAUGCAUAGGGAGUUUGGAAAAAAGUCAGAAAGUAGAAGGUAGAGAGACAGGCAGAGAGGUUUUAGUGUCGGUACAGUACCGUCCUUACUUGAAAAAGGGUUCGUUGCGACUACCUAGCGAGGUACUUGGUGCUUGGUAGGUAGGUACUUACAGCUGGCCCGCUGUGCUGUAUGCGACAGACUGACUGGGCCGUAGUUUGCCAAGCCUUAAGCUUUAGGUACUGUCAGCUUGCUCCAGCCUCUAUGCGAUCCCAGCAACCGACCUUUUCAGUGUCCACUUGGUGCCACUCUUCUACUACUAUUCACAGUCGGUGCCUCAGGCCAUCAGGUCUACUGCGAAGCCUUUCAACCCUCCAACGUACGAAUCCUCAGUCACUACCCAGCAGCAUCAAUUGAGCAACAACCUCAACCGCGGUCAAUUGAGGAUUCCUAUUCACACCCUCGAUAAUUCCCCUCCUUCUCCGUAAAAUGCUUUCAAGAGCUGCCAGACCGGCUUUGAGAGCUGGCGCCACGGUGGCUACCCGGUAAGGACUUUGGACGAAUGAAUAUGCGGGUGUUGACGGAGCAGACGAAGCUUCGUGGAAGCCCGAGGUCGCCAGAGAAAAUUGAUGAUGGAAAGCUAAUACCGUUUAAUGGCAGACGCGUCGCCCCAAAUGCCGCCAACUUCGCGACCCUCCGUGAAAUCGAGGACCGAUUGAAGUCAAUUCGAAAUAUCGAGAAGAUUACCAACACCAUGAAGAUUGUCGCUUCAACCAAGCUUACCCGUGCCCAACGUGCUAUGACCAGCUCCCGACAAUACGGUCAAACCUCCAACACCGUUUUCGAUAAUGCGGAGACCAAGGCUUUGGAAGGGGAGAACAAGAAGACCUUGAUUGUGGUCGCAAGCUCCGACAAGGGUCUUUGUGGUGGUAUUCACUCCGGAAUGUCUAAGCAGGUCCGUAGAAUGCUUCUCGAGAAGCCGGAUGCAGAUAUUGUGGUUCUCGGAGAGAAGUGCAAAGCUCAAUUGAGCAGAUCAAACGGCAGGAACAUUGUGUUGAACUUUGCUGGUCUUGGAAAGGAUAUCCCAACUUUUGCCGAUGCUCAAGCAAUCGCAGACCAAAUCUCCCUGUUGCCAACGGACUACGCUUCAAUUCAGAUCGUUUACAACAAGUUUAUCAAUGCCACCAGUUACGAGGCCACUCCAAUUGAGGCUUUCUCGGAAGAGGCCAUUGCCAACUCCCGUAUGUUCCCGAAAAUAGAUGUACAAGCUCCAAGCUAACCAUAAAAACAGCCAACUUUUCCGCUUUCGAGAUUGAGGAUGAAACUCUUGGAAACCUCCGAGAAUACGCUCUUUCCAACUCUUUGUACUGGGCUCUUGCUGAGGGACAUGCCUGUGAACAAUCUGCUCGUCGUAAUGCUAUGGAUGUGAGUAUUUUGCUUAAUUGAUACAUAAUUUAACACUGACAAAAAAUCAGAACGCUUCCAAGAACGCUGGUGACAUGAUCACCAAAUACCAAAUUCUCUUCAACCGAACCCGUCAAGCCGUCAUUACUGGAGAAUUGGUUGAAAUUAUUACCGGUGCUGCUGCUUCGGAAGAGUAGAGAGGGUUGUUUGUGAAUAUGUAGUCUAGUCAAAGAGUGUU